CUAGAAGUAGUGGAGAGAGCAGAGCAAUUUUCUCAGCAACACAAACAGCAAAAUCCGACGAGAAAAAUUCAGAGCAGAGAAAACCUAAAGAGAAGAAGAAGAAGAAGAUGUCGUGGCAAGCUUACGUCGAUGACCAUCUUCUCUGCGAAAUCGAAGGUCAACAUCUCUCCGCCGCGGCCAUCAUCGGCCACGACGGCAGCGUCUGGGCCCAGAGCGCCACUUUUCCUCAGCUCAAGCCUGAAGAAAUAACCGGCAUCAUGAAUGACUUCAACGAGCCUGGAUCACUUGCACCAACCGGUUUGUACCUUGGUGGCACCAAAUAUAUGGUGAUCCAAGGAGAGUCGGGAGCUGUCAUCAGGGGAAAGAAGGGUCCUGGUGGUGUCACUAUUAAGAAGACUAGUCAGGCCUUGAUCAUUGGUGUUUAUGAUGAGCCAAUGACGCCUGGUCAAUGUAACAUGAUUGUUGAGAGGCUUGGAGAUUAUCUCGUUGACCAGGGUCUCUAAGUUCCCUUGGUAUGUCUUAUUUAUGUGAAUCCUCAAGGUUUUUUCUAUACAGCUUGCGCCUGUUUGACCUGCUUCUUAAAAAGGGCUGCAGUAACAUGUAUUACAAGUAUUAAAAGUUAUGGGGACUCAUAUGAAAGAAAAAAGUUUGGUGUUUGAAAGAGUAAUGUCAUGGUCUUUCUCAUUGUACUCCUUCAGUCAAUAGUAUUUUGAUGAUUUUCAGCGAGGUAAUUGUCCGUUAUUUGAGUCAGUGGAUGGUGGUAAAUUUGAUUGGCAUAAAUUUAGUCUUGUUUUGUCUCCGAGCUAA